GAAUAUUCAGGGAGGGAUAAAUAAAAACAACUUGACUUAUGGUCCACGACCUGCAGCUUUCACCCACUGGCCACACGGUCUCUGCUCAGCUGGAUUGGCUCUUCAGAGGAUGCUCGCCACCUAUCACGAUGCUUCGUUCACUUUCUCUUCACGUCGCGAGAUAUUUUACCAGCAACACUAUUUCAUGCAGAGUCAGGUGGCUAUAGCAUACGGAACGCCUUUAGUUCAUAAUUGCACCGGAAAAGUGCACUCUUCCAUCACAUGUGCAGCUGAUUCUCAAGAUCUUGCACACUAAUGAGAUGCUAUUGAGCCCAUACUACUAGACUGUCUUGAGCCAAGGAAGACAUGCUUUCUGUGCUCUGCUCUCCUGAGGUAGACCACUGAUGGAGCAGCGACAUACAAGCUCUGGGGCCAGUCGUUGUCAUGUUUCCAUGCGUUUCCUCCUGGCCCUCUGCUGAGCCCCCGUCGCCCUGCGGUCAUGUCUCCCUGCCCACACACACUCACACACAGCCCCUGCCUGACCUACUGUGCAGCUGCCCUGCCCCGCAGAUGAACCCUCACCCCGUUCCAGACUACAUGGAGUCCCUUAUCGUGGUGACCGAGUACGAGCCCAAGGGAGGUGAUGAGGUGGAGGACAUGGAGUGCUCUGAGACGCCCUUCAGAACCCACUCCUGCGACCUGCUGUCCCACUCUGUGGGCCACCCCGAGGCCCUGUCCCCUGAGCCCCAGGGGCACAGGGGAAGACUAAACCUGUCAGACCGGAAGCUGUCCCUGCAGGAGCGCUCCCAGACGGCCUCGUCCCCCAACGGGCGCCACAUCUACCCCUCGCUGCCCUACUCGCCCAUCACCUCGCCCCAAUCCUCCCCGCGGCUCCCCCGUAGACCCACCGUGGAGUCUCACCGCGUCUCCAUCACUGACCUGCAGGACUGCGUGCAGCUCAACCAGUACAAGCUGAAAGAUGAAAUCGGAAAGGGAUCUUAUGGUGUUGUCAAGCUGGCCUACAAUGAAGACAACAACACUUAUUACGCGAUGAAAGUACUGUCCAAGAAGAGGCUGAUGAGGCAGGCAGGUUUCCCACGGAGACCACCCCCACGCGGAGCCAAAGCAGCCCCCGAAGGCCCCCCUCAGCCAAAAGGACCGCUAGAACGGGUCUACCAGGAGAUUGCCAUCCUAAAAAAGCUGGACCAUCCCAAUGUAGUGAAGCUAGUGGAGGUUCUUGACGACCCUGGUGAGGACCAUCUGUACAUGGUGUUCCAGCUGGUCAAAAAGGGGGCUGUGAUGGAGGAGUUGCCCACGGACAAGCCGCUAAAUGAAGACCAAGCUCGGUUCUACUUCCAAGACCUAGUCAGGGGGAUUGAGUUCUUGCAUUACCAGAGGAUCAUCCACCGGGACAUCAAGCCCUCUAACCUCCUGGUUGGGGAGGACGGUCACAUUAAGAUCGCUGACUUCGGGGUCCAGUUUAACACAGUUUUACAGAGGGGGCACAUGUACGCCCCUCCUGACCAGCACGGGCAGCUGGGCUCCGAGACCAGGAAGAACUUCUCUGGCAAGGCAUUGGACGUUUGGGCCAUGGGAGUGACGCUGUACUGCUUCGUGUUCGGAGUGUGUCCCUUUAUGGAUGAGCGCGUCAUCAGUCUUCAUCAGAAGAUCAAGAGUCAGCCAGUGGAGCUGCCAGAGCAUUCAGACUUAUCUGACGAUCUGAAAGAUCUGCUACUGAAGAUGCUUGACAAGAAUCCAGAGACCAGGAUAUCAGUACCGCAGAUUAAGGUGCACCCGUGGGUGACGCGGCGAGGAGCAGAGCCCCUCCCUCUGGAGGACGAUAACUGCUGCAUGCUGAUCGAGGUGACCGAGGAGGAGGUGGAGAACUCUGUCAAACACAUCCCCAGUCUGGCCACUGUGAUCCUGGUGAGGACCAUGCUGAGGAAGCGCUCCUUUGGGAACCCCUUUGACUGGGGCCGCCAGAGAACCGAAGACCGAGGCACCGGUCUGUCUGCACCAGGACACGUGCUCACCAAAGGGAGAGCGGGCAAUGUGAGAUACUGCUACAUUCCUAGUAACCAAAGAAGGAAACGAGAGAGCGGGGAGGGCAUGAGAAGUAUGGACCUGCCCUUGGUGGGCGAAGACGAGACUCUUUCCUGAUGCGGUGUGGUUUCUCAGCGCGAGGGUGAAGGCCAAUUAUGUUGACUGAAGCCACUAAUGUCUUUUGUGGAGGUGGACAGGACUGUCAUAGGGAUGAUGAGCACCUUGAUGAGCACCCUGAUGAGCACCUUGAUGAGCACCCUGAUGAGACGGGACCCUUUUGGUGAAAGCUCCCUCCUGACUGUCACUCACUAACACCCAUCUGUAAUGCAUGCUCAUGUUUCUAGUCACAGGCUUCUGAUAUAAAGGUCUGUGUUUUGGCCGAUGUGUUUCUCCAGGCCUCCUCCGUUUGAAAAGGCUCUCACGUUUACUGCAGGGGUAUGGGGGACGGGAAGGGGUGUUUGUGGACGGUUGUACAUUUUCAAGGGGCGACCCCUGUCCCCAACUUAUUAGUAGAGCAAGUUACUUGACUAUGAUUGUCUGGACCACUCACCAUCAAUGUGGACAGUUUUGUAACGAUAAACAGGAGAGGUUUAUUGAAACGAAAAAUAGAGAGAGAGAGAAAAAAAAUGUUUACUUCAUUCAUGGUAUGCAUGUGAGUUUGUUUCUUUCCCAGUGUAUAAGCUGCAUAAGCUGCACAAUCAUAGAAUUAGUUAUCGAUGCACAAACUAUUUAUUUUAUUAAUUCAGUCCUCACUAAAGGUUUGUUGUAAAACGUCUCCCAGUUACUACAACUGGUGAAGAGGUUUUAAAAAAAAAAGCUGCGUUUUCUAAUGCAUAUACUGGUUAAACGUGUGGCGGGCCAAGGGGGACAAUGUUGAAGCUCAAGUCAUUAAUAAUGUGUUUGUGGCAUGUGUGUUUCUUUAAGCUUUUUAUAAUAGAUUGACGGGUGUGGUUUUUAAACCUCUCGUUUUCAGGACACCAAAAAUAAAUUAAAUAGUGUAUUUUGUAAACUAAUAGCAAACACCUUUUAAAACAAGUGACGAUUUCUAAUUGCAAUGUCAUUGUGAAAUGAUGGGAAUUAUAUUGUCUCUUACAAAUGAAUUUCACUCCCAGGCAUAUAGUGUGGCUGCAGACCUCUUGUACAAAUAUCUAUGCAUGACAUAUCUGUUACAGAAGGGUUGGGAUUGGUUUGAAUUAGAUAAAGUUGUCAUCAGAUAUGGUAAGAUGCAACUCUUUUUCCAUGGCGGUCGAAUGAUCUUCCUUAGUUGUUUUGUGGCAUGUUUAUUUUCUAUGUUAACCUCUUGCCUUCUUUUUUUGUUGCACGCAGUUAGACGGUGUUUGUGGAUAGCUACAGUCGGUGUUUGUGUAUGGAUAGCUACACGUAGUUAGACGGUGUUUGUGGAUAGCUACAGUCGGUGUUUGUGUAUGGAUAGCUACACGUAG